AUGCGGGCAGGCGAUUCUUCUCGUGGCCUGAGCAGCCCAAGCUCUAUGAACGAUAUCGAUUCGGUCAACGGCUCUCCUGAUACCAAACUCACGGUAUACUCGCCCGAAGAAACCAUCACUAGAGGUCGCCUGGACACCCGUGUUAUAGACACACUCAGCGAUUCAGGGAUUCGUAGGCUCUGCUCUACAGCAUCCUCUGACCCUUUCUUUGUCUCAGCAGCAUCAACACGUGUACAGCUCUCGCCGACAGCUGCAGCUUUCACCCCGGUAGGAACGUCGGAUAGUACAAGUGUCGAGACUCAAACCCGAACAUGUCCACGGAGCUUCGCACAGAUUGACUUCCUAGCGCCACACUUGGAGUCGAAGCGUAAUGAAACGAGUCCCGGACUCAUCAAUCGCAUGGAAAGAGAGAACCUGAGUUACGGCGCUUUUGGAAGCAUCCAAUCAACCAGGAUAAAGCAGCUGUUUGGUGCAGAACCAGAUGACCUCGAUAAGGAAGGUCACAGUCGAGCCUUAGUCAUAGAAAAUGUGCCCAAUAAUUUGACAUACAUGUCACUCGCUGGAUUCUUUAACCGUCGUGAGUUUGGUUCUCUCAGGGGGCCUGUCUUGUCGGAACUCAACUCGAACGGCAAGGUAUAUGUCGCAUUUACGGAUAGUCGUGAGGUCACAAAAGCAAUCGAAAAAGUGAAUUUACUUAGACCCGAGUGGCGAGCUUUUCCCAUUACCGCUAAGGAGUAUGUACGGCAUGCCGAGCCGUUUCUACUAUCACAGGCAUCUGACUACGAAGGCCAAUUGCUUGUAACCGUGUAUUUUGACGGCCGGAACCCAGAUCUCAAUCAACACACUGUGGCUCGCUCUCUGGAGACCCUUGCUAUGACAUUCGGUGAUAUAAAGUCCUUCACAAAUGUACCUACAGGACAGGACAACAUUGGCGAGUUCCAUAUUGAAUUCUUCAACACACGCGAUGCAGAGAAUGUGACAACCACCUUAAAUGGAACCUUGGUUGAUGACUGCAUCAUCGAGAUCAAGCAGUUCAAACCAGAUGUAGAGCAGAGGGCAUGCAGGCUCAUUUCCGCCAGCCCUAAUCCCGCCAAGGAGCGGCUCGCUGGAACAGAAACUCAUUUCAACCCGAAUGCUUCUUGGGCUGCGACUCAAUCAUGUCGCACUCCUUACAUGGAGCUCAGCCCAACAGGCCGCUCUACGGUCCCUCCAGGCGAGCACACUAGUCUUAUGAGUUGGAUGUCCAGGGCCGGUGAAAGGGUGAUACCUUCCCUUCGGCGUGAUCUCAAUCGGUACCCUGAUCCACGUAUGGGAAGUCAAAACUCUGUUGAUAUUGAACGAAUUCGCCUCGGUUUGGAUGUUAGAACCACUAUAAUGCUUCGCAAUAUUCCCAAUAAGAUCGACCAGACCAUGCUCAAGGCCAUUGUCGACGAGACAAGUCAUGGAAAAUAUGAUUUCAUGUAUCUGCGCAUUGACUUCGCAAACAAUUGCAAUGUCGGCUAUGCUUUCAUAAAUUUCGAAGAUCCCAUAGAUAUUAUUGACUUUGUAAAUACAAGGGCUGGAAGGACAUGGAACUGCUUCAACAGUGAUAAGGUCGCCGAAGUCUCAUAUGCCACCAUUCAAGGCAAAGAUUGUCUAGUGCAGAAAUUUCGAAACAGCUCUGUGAUGUUGGAACAUCCCUCAUUCCGCCCAAAGAUUUUCCAUACGGGUACCGGCCCUCUGGCUGGCACCGAGGAUCGCUUCCCUGGGCCGGACAAUCCCUCAAAGAUGCGACGCAGCAUUGAGAAUGCGGAACAUGUGGGUCUUUUUGCCCCUCGAGUUGGCCAACAAUACCGUGAUGAGCAGCGUCGACGCCGUUCGCAAUUUGAUCGCGGGACCACAGCUGCUGAACGUGAAGUCGUCUUUGUCCGGACACUUGCCCCAAAGCGCACAUAUGGUGCCUCAAACGGUCUCAGAAGUGCUCCCUGUACUUACCCCGGAGUGAAAUCGUGGUACGAUUCGCCAAUGCCUGAGAAUAUUCCUAAAACUUCCUGAUUGCUUUUCGGAAGAUCGUUCUUCGCUUUCGAAUUGAAUAUGAAAAAGAUCCUUGAAAAUACGGAAAUUGUCCGGCAACGUCAUGGUAUGAAUCGAAUGCCGGACCGCCUCGUGGUUGGGUUCCUUUGACAACCUCCACCU